AUGGCAACAUCUACUAGCACUGAUUGCGAACUUAACGCGCAGCAAUCAAUCGAAACAUAUGUCAAAAUCUGCAUGGCCUCGGAAAAGGAACCCUCUUUGCGAGAUUUUCUCUACACACGCUGUAACGAAGUAGCUGCAAACACUGAUUUGCGCGCAGAUAUUAAGCGUAUCUGGAUUAAGCGAUAUCAAAUUGUAGCGAAGCAGUUGAACGUCGACAACAUAGUAGAUAAAAAUAUCGACUGGGACGACAUCAAAACACAGAUACAGAACAAAAAAAAGGAACAGUGCUCGUCGAAAAGAAGCAGACCCACGACAUCAACACAGACAUCGAAAAGUAGCUCGUGGGAAUUGACGGCCGAAGCAAAAGACCGCUUCAAAAAAGAUUACGAAGGCAUGGAAGAAGAGAAAAAGUGGUUGCUGCGCACCAAGGAAGACGGUGCCAAAGUCUACCUGGAAGAUAAUAUGUUUCAAUACGGAAUGGAGUGCGAUUAUGAGCAUACCGUCCACUCAUUCAUAAUCGAUCCCAAGGAUGAUUGCUGGCAAGACUUGCUAACAAAGCAAGAGCUUGCAGAAAUAGAAACAGUAGGAGGGGAUGUUUUCCCUUCGUUGGACGAUUCUGUUCAAGAAGUCUUUGAGCAGUGUGAAAUGGCGUUACAACCACUGGAAGAGAACGACGACACCAAAGAGGACGAAUAUGUCAAAUGCAUUUGGAAGGCAAUCACUUCUUUUGGCUUCUUUGACCCUGACGUUCAAGCACAACAAUACUGGAUCCAGCAAUCGCUUCUUGACUUUCUGGAUCUGUAUCGACAUGGAACCAUUAUCGAAAUGAUUGCCAACGGUUCCGAACAAGAUUUCGUUGUGCACUACUGGGGCAACCUUGACCGUUGCUUUCAAGGCUUGGAGGAAUAA